UUGGUCGCGCUGCGCAGCUUCCGCGAUGCAGCCGGGAGAUGCGGGGGGAGCCCCGUCCCUUGCCCCGCUGGGGACCCUCCCGCCGGACCUGCUGGCGGAGCUGGGCGAGCGAGCCGUGCAGCGGUUGCAAUCCGGGAGGGUCGCUUUCGAUGCCCCCCAGAUGUGCCAGAGAUGCCGUGCAGCCGGUGUGGAAAUAACCCCAGCUGACCUGUCCCAGGUGCUCCAGACCCUCUCCUGGCUUUUUGGCACAGCCGUGAAAAAUAAAUUCUCCUCGGAAGAAUUUUCCACCGAAUUGGGCAAAAGGUUCGCUUUUCUGCCACAACAGUCUGGCCAGGUCAUCCAACAGAUGUGGAAGGAGAAAAGAGAAUCCCUGGUGGGAUUGGAGAAUGCAAAACCUGUGGCAGCAGCCGGACAGCUGAUAGAUUUUCAGUGGAAGCUGGGAAUCGCCAUGAGUGCCGACAGCUGUAAAUCCUUGAAAUCGCCUUGCGUUACGGUGGUGUUAAAAGUGGCCGAUGGGUUGGGGAACGUCACGUGCAAAACCUUUGAAAUGACAAUCGCUCAGUUCCAGAAUUUCCACAGCCAAUUCAAGGAGAUGGCAAGCGUUCUUGAGACAUUUUGAAUCAAGUGAUCUGACCUUCCUUUUCCCCUUCCUAAAAGAUUGUUCUGCAGGAUGAGUCUUCCAGGAAGAGAUGUAGGUUUAUUCUCCUUUUGGGGUUUCCAACGUGACGUUCCCCAGCUGCAAACUUUUGCAUUGAGUGAAUUUUUCCAUACGAGUCUGUCUCCCGAAACGGACCUCCCGGUUCACCCCAGAAUUUAGGUGGAACCUAUUUUAGCCACUCAGAAGAAGAAGACCACCAGGGAAGUGGCUGUACGGGAGAAAUAAACCCAAUUAUGUCCUUAGAACUACCCAAGAGAUACCUCCCUUUAAGGCAAGGGUCUUCAAACUUGGCAAGUUUAAGACUUGUGGACUUCAACUCCCAGAAUUCCUCUUCCAGUCAUGUUAGCUCAGGACUUCUGGGAGUUGAAGUCCACAAGUCUUAAAGCUGUCAUGUUUGAAGACCCCUGCUUUAAGGUCUAAGUUCUUCCCAUCUCUACAACUAGAACAAUAUUGGGGAAAGCAGUGGUAUUAUCACCAUCUAGAACUCUCCAUGGAUAAUCUUAUGGAAUGUGGAAGGCAACCUUCAAUUCCUUAAUAAAAGGAUGGAGAAUGUG